AUGGAAUAUACAAUAACAACUUUUGUUCUGUUAUUGUUUUGUGUGAUCAAUAUGCAAUGUAUAGUUGUUCAAUCAGUAAAUCCACAAUUUGUCAUUCGUGAUAAUACAAGUGACUUCGUCCUAGGAAUUCUCGACCACAAAGGAACAGUCGCGAAUAUUCAUCCCAACUUGAACGAAACCAUCUUCAGUUUUACUGUAGACGAUACAUGGCCGAUUAAUCGUACUCAAGCACGAUACCAUAGUACAGGAGAUAUCACACUCCGCAUUCGUCGAGCCAACUCAACAGAUGCGUAUCAAGAAUUCUCAACGACUGAUGCUUAUGGAGGACCAGCCCGUGUCGUACAAGUAGCUGAUUCAUUAAUAGCAUAUGAUGUAACUCCUCUAUUAAAUCCUGGACACGGACUUAAUAUUCAACGAAUUUACAAGCAGUCGCCGGACCCUAAUGGAGGUUUUAUCAUUCAAGUAAAUGUGACAAAUACUCAAGUGUAUGCACAGCAAUUGGGUGCAUUGGGUAUGUCAAUGGUUUUUAACAAUGACUGGUCUGGUCUGGAUCUGAAGACAACAGCACAACAUUGCAGCAUUACAGAGCCGUACAUUGGUCAAGAUAAUGCGUGGGUAAAGGUCACACGGAUAAGUGGUGAAGGGCCCAUUCUAGUGGUACUCCCAUCCGAUAACGGUGGAAUGAAUGCGUGGCGUCCGCUUCUGACUGAUCCUACACCUCGGUCUGCUACUUUCGAGGGUUUCUAUGAGUAUACAUUUCUAGCUGAUGCUUAUCGUAUGAACGAGUGGAAAGCUGUGCCCGACGAGCGACUAUGGACGCUUACAAAUUCUAUUGUGCUACAACCGGGUGAUUCUGUCAUCUAUGGGCUUCAUAUGCGAUUACUUCCUAGUGUGAGAGGUGUCGAAAGUGGUCUUGCACAGAUGCAAAAACUGGUUGUGAAGGUCGUUCCUGGAUAUGUUGUCGGUGUUGAUAUGAAGAAUGUCACGUUGCAUGUAUUACCUGGUCGAUAUAAAAUAAUUAAAAUCAAUGUCAGCAACAAUAACAUUAUGGGUAUUAGUAAUACCUCUACAAUACUAACAUCUAAUUGGCAAGCGUAUCAACUAUAUCCGCUUACUUAUGGCCGUGUACGCGUCAUUGUACAUUACAGUGAUGAUAGUGAACUUGAAUAUCAACAGGUGGUGAAUAUGUUUGUGUUGCCAUCUUUUCGUACACAUGUUCAAACAUUCGGUGAAUUCAACGCAAAGUAUCAAUGGUACGAUGAUCCGACAGAUCCAUUCGGUCGAAGUCAAUCUAUUAUGCCGUAUAAUUGGUAUACACAACAGCUGGUGCUUCAAGAAAGACGUUCUUUUGUUGUCGGCCUUAGUGAUGAAUCCGGUGCCGGUCCAGGACUUGGUUUUGCCGUCAAGAAUCAGUACGCUCCCGACCCAGAUCAGGUGCAUCUGUUAGAUCUGUACAUCAAUAACACAUUGUUCGGCAGCAAAGGCCCCAGUAAGUAUGUGCCGUUCGAGACACGUGUUCAGUGGAGAGACUACACAGUCGUUGCUAGUACCUUUUGGUAUCCUGGUAUGCCAGGCUACAACUAUACCGUUAAUGAUGGUUGGGACCAGAAGCGUGCGAACACGACGUGGCGCUCGUAUAAUUACGUACAUCCUACAGCAAUAUACUAUUCGUUAUAUCGAAUCGCUCGUGACAAUCCUAAGAUGACUACUCUAAAUACAUGGUCAUGGUAUUUAAUGCAAGCAUAUCGAACUUAUGUAGCUAUGGGACAAUUCGCCUCUUACUAUGCUCAAUUUGGAUUGAUGGUAGGAUCAGUUUUCUUACGUGUAUUAGAUGCUUUACAAGCUGAAGGCUAUACUGCAGAAUUUGAGAAAAUGGUAAAACUAGAAAAAGCACGAGUAGCUGUAUGGCAGUCGCUACCAUUUCCAUUUGGUUCGGAAUUCCCCUGGGACAGUACUGGCCAAGAAGAAGUUUAUCUAACAGCCCAAUACUUUGGUUUGUACAAAUUAUCUAACAGUACACUACAAGCCGUAUUAGCUUAUACGCAUAGCGUUCCAAAUUGGGGCUACCAUGGUGCAGCAAGACGUUUUUGGGACUAUGUGUACAAUGGUUGUGAAGAACUGAAUAAUGGAAUAGAACGAGUGUUGCAUCACUAUGGUUCUGGUCUCAAUGCUCUUCCAAUAUUGCAUGCAUAUGAUUUGAAUCCGGACGACAUUUAUUUAUUGGAAGUCGGCAUCGGUAGCAUAACUGGACCAUUAACAAAUAUUCAGUUAAAUGGUGCAAGUAGCAUGGGUCUGCACGGCGAUCCGCGCAAAUUAAUACAUGACUAUUGGGAUGCUGAUUAUGGUAUGGCAUUCUAUGGACUCGCUUCUUUACAAACUGCUUAUGCUGUCAAUCAUACUACGCUUGGUAAUGCGGUCUGUUAUUUAUGCGAUCUUACAGUGUCAACGGAAACUAACGUGUGGAAUGUGAUACCACGUGAUGCAUUUCAUCGCCGCGUUUAUAUCGAACCUUUAGGAACCGCAUUCUUAUUGGAUGUAGGUACGAUUGAAUCAGUCGUAGUGGAUUGGCGUGCGCAAUCGGUCGUGAUAGUCUUGAGUGCAGUUCAAUCUCCUGUGCCAUUUACAGUCUAUCGUCUGCAUGUAAAUCACUUGGCUUCAUGUAAUGCACGUAUGGCCUGUGAUCUUCUAAUAGUAUCACCUCCUAAUCCACCUGUAGUGCGAGGUGCAUUCGAAAUACCAGUUCAGCCAUAUCCUCAGACUAUGUCAGUCAAAUUGCAAUGGGGUGGGAAACAUGAUUGGAUUUAA